AAAUUCAAACUCAAACACAUCCAAAACAAAGAAAAAUCCUUAGAGAAGAUGCAAACUGGAAAGAAUGCCAUGGCUUCUGUAAAGGAGAAGGCUGAGAACGCAGCAGCUUCAGCCAAGGCCGGCAUGGAGAAAACUAAGGCCACUGUGCAAGAAAAUGUGGCCAAGAUGACAACAAGGAAUCCGGUGGAGAAGGAGGCAGCGGAGGAAAGGAAGGAGGAGAGGAAGGCGGUGGCGGAGGAGGAGAAGAGGGCGCAGCAAGAGAGGAACCGGGCGGAGAAGGAGCAGACUAGGACUGGUGCUGUCUCUGGCUACCCUAGUGGGAUGAGUGGAAUAGCUAUUGGGCAUCACCAACCCACCGCCGGCCACACCGCCGGCACUACAACCACUACUGGGACUACCGGGACUACUGGUGCUCGUUAUACUUAGAAGAGUUUGAAGGAGUUUUUCUUGUUUGUUUGUUUGUGUUUGGAUGGCUGGUUUUAGUGUGUGUGUGUGUGUGUAUUGUUAAGUAAUAAGCACUUGCUAGUGUGUGCUUUUAUUGUACUAUUGUUGUACUAUUUUAAGUAUUUAGGUUGUGUCAUGAGAAAUAAAUAAUCAACUAAUGGAUCAGUACUGUUCUACUAGAAUUUUAUCUUG